AUGCGAUCCUCAUUUGCGCUUGCCCCGGCUCUGGCCCUGAGCCAGGCCGUUAUGGCCCAAGUCCCCACGACCUACUACGUGGACCAGUCUCUUCCGGGCCACACCAUCUUCCGCCCCCAGGACAUGAACGCCUUCGACAGUAUCCCCGUCGUCGUCUGGGGUAACGGCGCCUGCAGCGCCGACCCCGUGGGCGGCCACGGCCCCUUCCUUGAGGAGCUCGCCGCCUGGGGCAUCCUCGUCCUCGCAUCGGGCACCCCGGGCGGCCAGGGCGGCACCUCCCCCGAGAUGAUGCGCGCGGCCAUCGACUGGGCGCACCAGAACGCCGGCCAGGGCGACUGGGCCAACCUCGACGCCUCGCAGAUCGCCGCGGCGGGGAUGAGCUGCGGCGGGACCGAGGCCUAUGUCCAGAACCAGGACCCCCGCGUCACUGCGUUCGGCAUCUUCAACUCGGGCACCCUGGAUCCCGGCCAAACUGAUAACACUUUGGGAGCUAUCAGUGUUCCCAUCUUCUUCUUCCUUGGUGGGCCGAGCGACAUCGCCUACGAGAACGGCAUGCGUGACUUCCGUGCUGUCAGACCUGGUGUCCCGACUUGGGUGGGUAACGUUGAUGUUGGCCACGGCGGCACCUACCACGAACCCCGCGGCGGAAUCUUCGGCAGGGCUGCGCAGCACUUCUUCCGCUGGGUUCUCCGUGGUGAGGAGGAGGCUCUUGGUUACUUCCGCAACGGUGGUGCUGAGGCUGAUGGCUGGUACACCGAGAGCAAGGACCUCCAAAUAUGUCAAUAG